AUGAGCUGGCGUGGCGUGUAGGUGAUUUUACGCUGAGUGACAAAAAUGGCGGAGGCUGAGUUAGCAGUGAAUUUCUGUGGCGCGCCAAGAAGUACUGAAACUUUCCUUAUUCCAACACAAGGAACACUUCUCAACAGUCAGCACGUUCUGAAACCAGUUAUUAACGGCGAACCACCACACAAUGGUGAUCAACAAGCUAUGAUAUCACAACUUAUCGAGGCGAAAGGGGAGGACGACUACGAGUGCGCACCAGGCGAGCGGAUAAAUGCGUCGAAAAACCAGGACGACGACGGAAAACUUUUUGUUGGCGGGCUUAGCUGGGAAACAACACAAAGUAAAAGAUUUAAAAGAAUAUUUUAAGAAAUUUGGUCCAGUGGUAGACUGCACAAUCAAGAUAGAUCCUGUCACAGGCAGGUCAAGAGGGUUUGGUUUUGUAUUAUUUGCUGAUGGCGCCAGCGUUGAAAAGGUUUUACAGCCACAAGAACAUAAAUUAGACGGUAGAAUUAUCGAUCCUAAAAGGGCUAAAGCAAGGGGAGGUCAGCCUCCUAUCACAAAAAUAUUUGUCGGAGGCUUAAAUCCCGAAUAUCCAGAAAAUGAACUCAGGGACUAUUUUACUAAGUUUGGAGCAAUCAAGGAGGUAGAACUUCCGAUAGAUAGAGCUACAAAUAAAAGAAGAGGCUUCUGUUUUAUAGAAUUUGAAAAAGAAGAUUCAGUCGAAGAAAUAUGUAAACAACAGUUCCAUCUUCUAGGGAAUAACAAAUGCGAAGUUAAGAAAGCCACACCGAAAGACCAGAAUACAAAACAAGCAGUGACGGCGGCUGUGAUACCAGGUGCAAGUGCAGCAGCUGCAGCCGCAGCAGCCUAUGCCGCUGGUACGGGUUUGGGAAGGGGAGUUCCAAAUGCAUAUCCAGCCUUCUAUGCAGCUCCCACGAGUAUAGCUGGACUAAGUCCAGGUUAUUCAACGUACUCGUAUGGUGGCUACUCUGCACCUAUGUCGCCAUAUGCAGCAGCAGGAUAUCCACCUGGAUUUGCCGCAGCGGUACCACCAGGGGCAGCAGCACAACCUGCACCGACUUCUAUCCAAGCUGCAGCAUCUGCGUAUGUAGGAGCAGCUUCCCCAGCAGCACCUUUGCCAGCUGGAUACCCAGGCGCACCAGCGCCGUCACCAUACACAUAUCCUGGAUACGAAUAUGCGUUACGAGACCCGUAUGGAGUGGGAUUCGCGACAGCUGCUACAUACGGUAAGGCACCUCCACCUAGAAAGGCUCAUAUAGCAUAUCAUCCGUAUACACGCUGACAAUGGGUGUCAGGCAAUCAAGUUGCCAACAUAUAUCAGGAAACUAGACUAUCAGCUGACAUGUCAGCCAGCAUGUGCAGUAUUUCAACAUCUUGCGAUGACAAGGAGACUGAGGGGAAAAAAUUACAAAACAAACAAAAAUAGGAAUUUACUGUUAAAAUUUUAAUUUCUGGAUAUCACAUUUUAAAUCUAUAAUUUUUCAUAGUUUUUUUUUGUUUAGUAUUUGAUGGGCAAACAUUGGAUUUCUUUAUCAUCAUGCAUUUUUAAAGAAAAAGUAUGAAAACUCGUCAAAAAAAAAAAGUACAGAAGGGUAAAAAUUGUGCUCUUGACAAUCGUUUUUUCCUUUGCUCAUUGAUUGAUCUUUUUUUUUCUCUUCUGACAAACACAUGACAGCAUGUUUACAUGUAUGUUUGUUGGCAAUGAACUUUUACAGAGUUGAACUUUUGUUUUAAACAUAAACAAAGAUGGUGCAAUGUUGUAUGAGAAUUCAAUUAAUAGUAUACAAAAAGUAAAAUGAAAGAAAAUAUAUAUUUUUCCUACAACUUAAGAAAAAAAAAGCGAAAUAAACACGCUUGUAUGGUUUUCUUUUUGUUGGUGGGUGGGUUGUGGAGUGGAUGUUACUUAAUCAAUGGGAUCCCCCAAAAGUGUGGUUGUCAUGGAAACCGAUCGUCUAUGAAACAUUCUGCAUAAUCUUAAAUUUCCUCUUUGCUACCCCAACUCAUUCAGUGUUUGGUACAAAGCAAUAUUCACCAAAAUGUGCACAGCUAUGUAGUAGUAGCGUUUAUAUAGCUUUCAUUUUUAAUUAUUACUUCAAAGUGAAAAAAAAAAAAAAUUCAUAUACAACACAUGCUUGCUCUUUUCCAUGCCUCAGUUUGAUUGUUUAUUUUUUAAUCGUUUAAUUUAUUCAUGUAUUAUUUCCCUUCAUGAUAGAAAUCUUUGUUAAAACUUUACAAAGUAGAAGGUGUGUUAUUCUUUGUAUUGUAUGUUAUAUAUAAUAGAAUCGACAAAACUGCACUAACUUUCAUAAUAUUAAUCCGUUAACAGUAAUAACAGUUCCAUUUUGCAUGUAUGUAUGUGCAGACUUUUCUAUUAACUCAAUGCAUGAUGGUAAGAACCUUUGACUUUUGACCUUUGAUUGGGUCAAUAAGUGCCAAUAUAAUCAUAUCUUUCAAGUGCAGUAUUCAUAGUAGUUGUAGUAGUUUAUUAAGGUGUUUGCUAGUUAAAUCGCUGCCGGUCAAUGUUUGCAGGCACUUAUAUUAUAAUUCAUGUAAAUAACUUUUUCCCAUGUUUUUGUCAAGAAAUCACAUCUCAGUCCCUGUAAAUGCUUUCACACCUUGUUGUCUUUCUUUUAUUAUUAAUUAACAUCGGUGACUUUUCAGCACACA